UCAAGCCUCUGCACAAGAAUAAACAAACAAAUUAAUUAAGGAGAGAAAAAGCAACGAUAAAAAAGUUGUAGCAAUCAAAUGUCUCCUUCAGUUUCUUGCCAAGAGAAAGGAAGUAGGAACAAAAGGAAAUUCAGGGCUGAUCCACCUUUAGAGGAGCCAAAUAAGAUCAUUCUUGCACCACCUCAACUCGAGUGCCGCAGCUAUGAAUUCUCUGCUGAGAAGUUUAAAAUAACCCCUAGUCAUGGGCAAGCCACUGCUUGUGACGUGUGUGGUGCCAGCCAAGAUCAUUCAGAUAGACUGAAGCUCGGCCUUGGAUUAUACAGCCCUGGAACAUCUGAGGUCGGGCCCAGUCAAUCUAAAGAAGAACCUCAGACAAAUGAAAUUAGUGAUGCAGAUUGGAGCGAUCUCACAGAAGCCCAGCUGGAAGAACUUGUGUUGAGUAAUUUGGACACCAUUUUCAAGAGUUCCAUAAAAAAAAUUGUAGCAUGUGGCUACACUGAAGAAGUGGCGACGAAGGCCGUAUUAAGACCCGGCAUCUGUUAUGGAUGUAAAGACACUGUGUCUAAUAUUGUUGAUAAUACUCUAGCCUUUAUUAGAAAUGGCCAAGAGAUUGAUAUAUCGCGAGAGCUCUAUUUUGAAGAUUUAGUACAGCUUGGGAAGUAUGUCUUGGCUGAAUUGGUUUGUGUUCUUCGAGAGGUUAGGCCAUCCUUCAGUAUUGGGGAUGCAAUGUGGCGUUUGUUAAUCUGUGACAUGAAUGUGUCACAUGCUUGUGCAAUGGAUUUAUGUAGUUUAGGUAGCGAUAAUACUGCUAAUGACGUUUCAUCUAGCCAAGCAGAAUCACAAUCAAAACCAGAAACUAAAGUCCCUGAAUUGAGUCUUCUAGGUCCUAGUAAAUCAGUUCCUGCAGGUUCUCAUCCAAAGAAACCCUUUGUGACUGCAUUUCGUGGUUUGAGCAACAUGAAUUCUCAAAUUAUUGGUGGAACCUCAAAGAAUGAGGGUGCCAGUUGGGAAUCUGAUUGCACUACUAAAACAUUCAGCGCUUCUGGAACAUCUCAGUCUGCUCUGAUGGAAGAGAAGUAUGGAACAGCUAGAAAGGUCCAUUCUAGUAGCAGCAGGAGAGACUACAUACUUCGACACAAGACAUUUCAUGGAGAAAAAGGUCAUCGUUCUUGUGGGUCAAAAGGGUCUUCAAGAGGAGGGAAGGCGAAUGGCUUAGGUGGUUUAAUCUUCGAUAAAAAACUUAAACCUGUGUCAGAAUCAUCUGCCAUAAAUUUCAGGGGUGCACCAUUACAGAUAAGUAAGGCAAUGGAAAUGAAUAUGACUCAAGACAAUAUUAAUGCUAAUUUCUUAAGUAAUGCUGGAACUCCUACGCCCACUGCAUUCAACAUAGAUUCUUCGGAUGGAGUUUCUGGAUUGACCGAUAAUUCAUAUGCAAUUCAUGCAGCAAAUACCACACCCGCAUUCUGUUAUCCAGUUUCAUUAUCAACUACCAAUACAGAUCUUUCUCUCUCUUUGUCUUCAAAAAUCAAGCCUUCUACAGAACCCGAUGGCAGCAAUAAUGCAACACCUAGUAGUUUUAAGGGAAUGCCAUGCUACCAGUUCCCAAACCAGUGGAUGCCUCAUGAUGGAAAGAAUGAAAUGAUUUUGAAGUUGGUUCCAAGGGUUCGGGAGCUGCAAAAUCAGCUUCAAGAAUGGACAGAGUGGGUAAAUCAGAAGGUUAUGCAAGCUACUCGCCGUCUGAGUAAAGAAAAGGCUGAACUUCAGACACUAAGGCAAGAGAAAGAGGAGGUUGAACGUCUUAAGAAAGAGAAGCAAUCUCUAGAGGAAAAUACCUUAAAGAAGCUUUCUGAGAUAGAAAAUGCCUUGUGUAAAGUUAGUGGGCAGGUAGAGCGAGCUAAUGCCACUGUCCAGAAGCUUGAGAUGGAGAAGGUUGCAUUGAGGAAAGAGAUGGAGGCUGCUAAGCUACGUGCUAUAGAAACUGCUGCAAGCUGUCAAGAGGUAUCAAGGAGAGAAAAGAAGACACAACUGAAGUUUCAGUCAUGGGAAAAGCAGAAAUCCUUGUUUCAAGAAGAGCUAAUGAUUGAAAAACGGAAAUUAGCACAGUUGUUGCAGGAAUUGGAACAAGCGCGAAUGCAACAUGAGCAAGUUGAGGGUAGAUGGCAGCAGGAAGAAAAGGCAAAAAGGGAGCUUCUCCAACAGGCUAGUUCUAUAAGAAAGGAAAUAGAACAAAUCGAGGAAUCAGGAAAUUCCAAGGAGAAUAUGAUCAAAUUAAAAGCAGAAAGGAAUCUACAAAGACACAAAGAUGACAUCCAAAAACUCGAAAAGGAAAUUUCCCAACUAAGACUGAAGACAGACUCUUCAAAAAUUGCUGCACUGAGAAUGGGCAUUGAUGGAAGCUAUGCCAGCAAGUGUUUGUACAUGAAAAAUGGCACUACUCCGAAGGAAUCUCAGGCUUCUUUUAUCUCUGAACUAGUCAUUAACCACCCCACAAGAGGUGGCGUGAAACGAGAACGGGAAUGUGUGAUGUGCCUUUCGGAGGAGAUGACAGUGGUGUUUCUCCCAUGUGCUCAUCAAGUUGUUUGCACAACUUGUAAUGAACUCCAUGAGAAGCAGGGUAUGCAAGAUUGUCCUUCGUGCAGGAGCCUCAUUCAGCAGCGAAUUGCUGUGCGCUUUCCUCGUACUUGAUUUAUUUGCUCGACUCAGUUAAACAUUUUAUAAUAAUAAUAACAACCCUAUGAGAAUCAUGCAUUCGCAGCAUGCUUCUCUAGAUGGGAUACAUUAAUUUACUAAGUGGGAAAGUUGGUGCUGUCAUUUUCUUAUGAUGAUUAGAGGUUUUCACAAUUUUUUUUUUCUUGUUGAAGUUGUACUUAUCAUCUUUGUUUGAUAGUAUAAAAGGGUCAACUUCUUAUGAUGAUCUUCUUCACCCAUGACAAGUUUUUUUUUUUCCUUGUAAGAGCUUUAUAAUUGCUCUAAUCCGUUUCAAACAGUUGAAGUCUGUGAAUAAAAUGGAGAAGAUGUA